UGACACUUAAAACCUUUUUAUAAUAUAAAAUAAUAUAAGGAUUGUUGUGUGUCAACCAAUGUUAAACACUGUUCAUAACCUAAAAUUCGGCUUUUAUAUUGAUAUCUACUACUACUAGAAAACAGUUGUAGUCACUAAAACCACUUAGUAAUAUUUUUUUUCGUGAAAACGAGAAAAUACGAUGGCAGAAGACGGGGACAAUGUACCUGUGAUGACAGUUAAAGAACCUCUCGACUUAAUUAGGUUGAGUUUGGAUGAGCGAAUUUACGUUAAAAUGCGUAAUGAACGCGAACUACGCGGAAAGCUUCAUGCCUAUGAUCAACAUUUGAAUAUGGUAUUGGGUGACGCAGAGGAAACAAUAACAACGGUUGAAAUUGAUGAAGAAACAUAUGAAGAGGUUUAUAGGACAAAUAAGAGAAAUAUUCCAAUGUUAUUUGUAAGAGGUGAUGGAGUCAUACUAGUAUCUCCUCCAGUUAGAGUUGGGGUUUAACAUUAAAAUAAAUAUUACAAUAAGAAAUCAUUAA